ACUUGUCGGGGCACAGCGUGGACGCAUCCCACACGAGGCACCGCCCAACUCGAUGAAAGAUUGAUUUUUUUGAGUUUGGCGGAGUCCAGGGGGUCUCCAGUGUCAGGGACUAGUGAACACUGUGCAUAAGAACAAGACCACGCCUUCGAGGCGCACACCAUUUGUCUCCUGCCCUUUUUUGCCAAGGAGCGUAAGGACCAUGACCUCUUCUGUACAGGAUGCGACGACGCCCCGACUACGUGAAUUGAAUUCAUACGUCCAACUGCUCGAAGCGCCUCCUUCACAGACACCUGACCCUUUUCAUCCUUCAGUCAUUCUGUUGUUCGGAUGGCUGCAGGCACGGUUACCAUACCUUCAAAAAUAUAUUGAUUCUCUGCGGAAGUGCUUCCCUACGUCGACCAUCGUCGUCAUCAGGGCUUACACAUCUUGGUACUUCACUCCGGACCGGUGGCUGGAGAAAGGCAUAUCACCUGUGGUCGAUAUUAUCAGACGUGAAAUGAGUGGUACAGUGAAAUUUAGGGGCGUACUUGUCCAUGUACUCUCCAAUGGUGGCGCCCUGCAGCUCAUCAGCGUGCACAACGCCCUCGCCAAAGUGUCCAGCACGGGCAUGCAAGAUGCAUCUCAUCGACGACCACCGACCGCACUUGUGCUCGACUCCUGCCCGGCAUCGCACGAGCUCGAGUCAGCGAUCCAAUCCUGGGCUCCAAGUCACCCUAUUCUUCACUACCUUUCCAUCCCGCCCAUAUCCAUUGUGUACACGGCGUUCAGCAUACUCAAUGGUCUUUCCGGGCACCCGCCUCUCUUCCAAGGAUUGCGCAGCUUUCUCAACACCCCGAAUCUGCUACCAUCAAUCACCGAACCCGAUCAUCCGGGUGCGACGCCCCGUGUGUAUAUCUACUCCGAUGUAGACCUUGUCACCACGGCAAACGACAUCGAAACCCACUGCGCGAACGCAGUAUCACAGGGCUUCGAUGUAACGCUCGAACAGUUUUCUGGUUCUCAGCACGUCGCACAUGCGAAGUCAGAUCCAGACAGGUACUGGAGAGUCGUACGCACGGUCUGGAAGAAGGCGCUCCGAAGCAGUGGAAAUGGACAAGUUCUCUCGUCGCUGUAAAGCUUUCCGCCGCCGGUUUACCCAUAGUGAUCCUGUACGAGACACCGAAUAACAAAUACGUAAAUAUCAGCUAGCUGCAUGGCCUGUUUGCAUGUAUCGACUCACAGUGUUGCUAAGUACGUCUUCAACGAUGCUACAGGGCCCAG